GAUCGGCCCCGGAGCAGCCGCCGCGGGUGCCCGUGCCCCCAUACCCCUUUCGUCUCUCUGACCGCCGCCCAUUCUGCGCGGGAGCCGUCCUUCCGUUCUCCUUCCCGCGGGGGCCGUCGGCGUCCGUCUGCGCGCGUUUCGCGUCCCCCGCCGCAGCCUGCGCCCGUCGGCGCCGCGCGCAAACUUCCCCAGCCGGCGGGUGCGGGCGGCUGCAGCGGGGCCCGGAUGGGCGCCCGGGCCGGUGGCGGCGGCGCCCAUGGACGCUAACCGCCCGGGCGCUUUCGUGCUGAGCAGCGCGCCGCUGGCUGCGCUGCACAACAUGGCUGAGAUGAAGACGUCGCUCUUCCCGUACGCGCUGCAGGGUCCGGCCGGCUUCAAGGCGCCGGCGCUAGGCAGCCUCGGCGCGCAGUUGCCUCUCGGCACUCCGCACGGGAUUAGCGACAUCCUGGGGCGGCCGGUGGGCGCGGCAGGUGGCGGCCUCUUAGGAGGCCUGCCCCGCCUCAAUGGGCUCGCCUCGUCUGCCGGAGUCUACUUUGGGCCGGCGGCCGCCGUAGCGCGCGGCUACCCCAAGCCGCUGGCCGAAUUGCCGGGGCGCCCGCCCAUCUUCUGGCCCGGGGUGGUGCAGGGCUCUCCUUGGAGGGACCCGCGCCUGGCCGGCCCGGCCCAAGCCGGCGGGGUCCUGGACAAGGACGGCAAGAAGAAGCACUCGCGGCCGACCUUCUCUGGGCAGCAGAUCUUCGCGCUGGAGAAGACCUUCGAGCAGACCAAGUACCUGGCAGGCCCAGAGCGCGCGCGACUUGCCUACUCUCUGGGCAUGACGGAGAGCCAGGUGAAGGUGUGGUUCCAGAAUCGCCGGACCAAGUGGCGCAAGAGGCACGCGGCAGAGAUGGCGUCGGCCAAAAAGAAACAAGACUCGGAUGCCGAGAAGCUGAAGGUGGGUGGCUCGGACGCGGAAGACGACGAUGAAUACAACCGACCCCUGGACCCCAACUCGGACGACGAGAAGAUCACGCGGCUUCUCAAAAAGCACAAACCAUCGAACUUGGCGUUGGUCAGCCCGUGUGGCGGCAGCGCGGGGGACGCCUUGUGAAGAUGCGGCCAGGCGGGAGAACCAGGGCACCCGGGCGCGCGGCAUGCCCCGACGCCAGCCGCCUGGCCGCAGUGUGUAUAUAUAUUUUUACAGAAUAAGUUAUAAAGCGGACGCUGGCACGGUCUCGGCAUGAGGCGCGGAGUGCGGGGUUCGGGCAGAUCACUUUGUUAUAAUCAAUAAAUUAUUUAACACGUCCCGGUCGGAGCCGUGGCUCCCGUGGCUUGCACAUCGUGUUUUUUUCCAUACGGAGCCGGCCCCAGCGGGCGGGCAGGCUGCUGGACCAUCCCGAUCUCACCCAGCCUGUCCUCCGAGGGUGCCAGUGCAGGCACAGGGGGUCGCGACGGGUCGUGAUGGCGACCUGGGGCCCCACGUGCAUGUUCAGGUCAGAGGCUGCUGGCCCCAGAGCGGUUGGUGGCGGUUGCCUGCAGGAGCUCGGAGAUGGUGAGACUGAACGUCUGGAGGACGGCGGAAGGAAGGCAGCUUCCACCGCCCCGUAAGGGAAGGACACCGCAGCGCGGUACUAGGAGCCAGACCUAACGGAGCUCGGCAGGCGUACCCCCAAAGCAGGUAUGGCUUCCUUUUCCGUGGCUUAAGACUGGCACCUCCUGCACCCAGGACCGGCUGUGCACAACAAGGGCACUCAUUGUUCAAAUGAAGGAAGCUGGGGCAAACAUAAAAACACACGAGUGGCCCCAAAAGGCCAACAAGACGAGUGCCCGUUCUGGGCAGCCGGCACCCUCCCGGUACCUUCCCUUUUUGCAACCCUGAAUGCCCUUGUCCC